AUGAAUACCACACUUCUCUCAUAUUUUUGUUGUUUGGUUUCGGUAGUAUUUUAUGGGAGUAACUAUGUUGUUGUUAAAAAGUUUCCAACUGGAGAUGGAAUGUUUUUCCAAUUUACCUUAGCAUUAGGCAUUUUUUUGACUGCUUUAUUCUUAGAAUUUCUUACUAAUCCAACACAUCAAUUUUACCCUUUUGCUAUGUUAGGUGGUAUGAUUUGGGCAACUGGUAAUUUACUUACAGUACCAGUUAUUCAAACAAUUGGAGUAUCAUUAGGUAUUAGUAUUUGGGGUAUUUCUAAUUUAGCAAUAGGAUGGUGUACUGGAACAUUUGGACUAUUUGGUAUUAAUGCACAACCAGUUGAUAAACAAAUAUUAAAUUGCAUUGGUGCAGCAUUGGCUUGUAUUAGUGUUCCAUUUUAUGGUUUUAUUAAAUCUAUGGAACAAAAGAACAUAGAAAAAAUGGAAGAAGUAAAAGAAAAGGAAAAUAAAUUAAAAGAGGAAAUAAUAGGACAAGAAGAAAAGUCUCUCUUAUUAGCAAAUUCUGAACUAAAAGGUGAACAAGCUGUUCAACCAGAAAUAAAUGAUAAAGAACAAAAAGAGAGUCAAAAUGAAGAUACAACCCAACUACAAGAAAUUAAAAGUGAACAACCACAAAUAAUAGUUCAAACCAAAAACACUUCAACAUCAUCAUUAAAAAAAGAAGAAUCAAAAAAAUAUUUUAAUUUCUUUGAUUAUUUAAAUAAAUUAAAUCCAGUUGGUAGAAGAAUAAUUGGAGUAAUUUUAGCUUUAAUCACUGGAUUAUUCUUUGGAUCCAAUUUUACACCACCCCAAUAUCUGAUUGAUAAUAAUUUUGGACCAAAUACACAAUAUUGUUACUUAUUUUCACAUGCAUGUGGUAUUUUUGUUACAGCAUCUAUUUACUUCAUUUGUUAUUCAAUUAUUUCAACAAAUAAACCAACUUUAUAUCCAGAAACUUUCCUUCCUGGAAUAGUGAGUGGUAUUAUAUGGGAAAUUGCACAAAUUUGUUUUAUGUAUUCUAACACUUAUUUACCAUGGAGUGUAACAUUUUCAAUUAAUGCUAGUGGACCAGGAUUAAUUUCAACAUUAUGGGGAAUCUUUGUUUUUGGAGAAAUACGAGGAAUAAAAAAUUACAUUUUAUUUAUAUGUGGAGUGGCAACUCUUAGUUUAGGUAUUGUUUGCGUAGUUCUUUCGAGAUAG